AUGAAGAACAUUUCAAGUAUCACUACACUUAAGCUUGCUGGAUUUGAAGAGUUUAAUAAUUAUAGGUAUUUUUAUUUUAUAUGUUGCCUUUUAGGAUACUUACUAAUAGUCUUUAUCAAUGUUUUGCUUAUUGUUGUAAUAAUCUUCGAUCAGAAUUUGCAUGCACCUAUGUAUGCCUUUAUAUGUAAUCUAGCUUUAAAUGGACUAUAUGGCAGUUCUGUACUAUUUCCUCAAGUUGUAGCUUAUAGCAUAUCUGAAUCUAACAUUAUUUCAUAUGCUGCUUGCUUUAUACAGAUGUUUUUUGUAUAUUCAUAUUCAUAUAAUGAACUUGUAUUCUUGGCUAUAAUGGCUUAUGACCGUUAUGUUUCCAUCUGCAAUCCUUUAAGAUAUUACAGCAUAUUAACAAAGGCUAAAACUCUAACAUUGGUAAUAUUGUCAUGGAUAUAUUCUGCCUGUUUUGCAGUGGCAUUUCUUUGUCUAAGCCUAAGACUUCCUUUGUGUGAUAAAUACAUACCAAAUAUAUUUUGUGAUAAUGCAGCUAUUGUCAAGCUGUCAUGUGUAGAUACAUCUUUUGAUGACGUGUUUCAGUCUUGGAUAGCUGUGGUUAAUAGUGGACUCAUGCUUAUUGGAAUACUAUGCAGCUAUGUUCAGAUUUUCAAAGUAUGUAAAAAAUCUUCAGAAGGUACAGUGAGAAAAGCAUUCCAUACAUGUAUUACACAUAUGGUAGCUGUAUGCAUAUUCCUGAUAUGCGGAGUGUUUAAAUUUUUCCAGAGGACCGUGAAUAAAGAAAGCAACUCAAUCAUUGUGCACAUCUUGUUUUCAGCAGGGCAUUUUAUAUUUCCUCCCCUUUUGAAUCCAAUCAUCUAUGGAAUUAGGACUCAGGAAAUAAGGAAUGUCAUAAAAAAAAUUAUCACUAGAAAAAUGAAUAAGUUUAAUUAA